AUGGCCUCUGAGGGACAGCAAGACGGCAACAGUGCCAUCGCACCCGAAGGCAUUGCGCACGCGUCAUUGAAGUACUCCCUGCUGGGUCCCUCGCUUACAAAAGCUGGGCAGGAGUCGGUUGAUCAAUCCAAGGCAUGCUCUUGUCACCGCUACUUCAUUAGCAACGCGUCUAAGGGCUCCAAGUAUUUCACCCGCGAGGAGGCCAAGGACAAGGUCCUCACAGCCAAGAUUGAGCAAAUGCUCGCCAAAAAGAGCGACAUCGAGACCCUAGACCUCUCCCAUGACCUACGGGCCGCCGAUAGCUGCAUUUCCCAGCUGGAAAUUGAGCGCGACUUAACCCAGCACAUCGUGCACAUUGACUGCGACGCGUUUUAUGCGGCCGUAGAGUUGCUUGAUCGCCCCGAACUAGAGAACCUUCCCUUUGCUGUAGGGGGCGGUGUCCUCACUACUUGUAAUUAUGUUGCUCGCCGGUUCGGUUGUCGCAGUGGCAUGGCCGGGUUCGUAGCCAAGAAGUUGUGUCCGGAGCUGGUGCUUCUCCCCCUAAAUUUUAACAAGUACAACGCAAAGGCCGCUGAGGUGCGCGACAUUCUAUCCAAUUACGAUGCUCGGUUUGAGAGCGCGAGUAUUGAUGAGGCCUUCCUUAACAUCACCGAGUACUGCAUGAGCCGGGGCACAGACCCUGCCAAUGUGGUGGAUCAGAUGCGCAAGGAGAUAUAUGAGAAGACGCAUAUUACGGUUUCUGCGGGCAUCGCGGCGAAUACGAGACUGGCAAAGAUUUGCUCGAACAUAAACAAGCCCAAUGGGCAGUUUGUUCUCCCACGCAACCGAACUACCAUCAUGGCCUUUAUGCAUGACCUCCCUUGCCGCAAAGUCAAUGGCGUUGGGCGCGUUCUGGAACGAGAAUUGGCUUCGGUGGGCAUCAAGACGUGUGGAGAUAUCUACCCGCAACGCCAGUAUUUGAACCGUCUAUUUGGCGAAAAGACCUCUGAAUUCCUCCUCUGCUGCUACCUUGGCCUGGGACGAACGAGCAUUCAGCCGGCCGAGGAGUAUGACCGCAAAAGUGUCGGCACCGAGAGUACGUUUCGCGAUAUGGGCGACCCGACCGAGCUGCGCGACAAACUCCGGUCGACGGCAGACGAACUAGAGAAGGAUAUGCGACGGGCCGAGUGCAAAGGUCGGACACUGUGUCUGAAAGUAAAACUCCACACUUACGAAGUCCUUACGCGCCAAGUCGUGACGCCCAAGGCCGUAUACUUGGCCGAGGACCUGUACAGAUAUUCAUUACCCAUGCUGGUAAGGCUAGAGCAGGAGUUUCCCUGUUUGAAGCUACGUCUAAUGGGAUUAAGAUGCACUCAUCUUGUCAGUGCCAAGAAGCCAGAUACGCGAGCUUUCUUUGGGCUGAAGCCGGAGAAACAAGACAGGCCGAGGAUUCAACGAACGGGGACGGAGGAAGAAUGGGAGCAAUGGCCUGAAAACUAUCUGGACAUCUAUUCCGGGGUUGGAAGGGAGCGCACCACAGACUCCAGGAGGCAGAGCUCGGAUGAUGACGACUCCUUUCACAGGCGCGGCAAUGAAACCCCGCCAGACCCAGAGAAGAACAGACCUGCUUCCGCUGAAGAAUGGUGGGACUGUCCGAUAUGUGCCCGGCCACAGCCUGCUGAUGAGAGGAUAUUCAACGAGCAUAUCGAUCUAUGUCUCUCGCGCCGUGUUAUCAGGGACACCGUCCAGCAGGACGCUGUGGCGCAGCCACCAAAUAGCAGAGGCGCAACACCCGAGUCGAAGAAACCCAAGGAAAAGAAGAGGGGGAGGCAGUCCACAAUGGUGGAUCCAAAGCAAAAAAGGCUUUGUUUUGGGUAG